CGCCCGCGGCCCGGCGGUGCUCGCACACGCCUGACCCCUGGCAGGAGCUGGGAUCAGACCCGAGGGGGACACGAGGCCGGUUCAACCCCCCCACCCCCCACCCUGCGCGGAGCAGCGUCCGCGGGGGCGGGGGCGCGGCCGUAGGAGGCGGCGGCGGCGUUUGUCUCGGGGCUCUGCCCCCGCUCUCAAACGGUGGCCCCUGAGCGCCUUUGCCGCUGCCCUCCCCGCCGCACCUGCUCUGUGCUCCUGGGCCUGCCGCCCGCCCCGCCGCUGCAGCUUGGAGCAACCGGCCAGCCAGUGAUGGCAGAGUAGCCGCCGUGUGCGAGAGACAGCCAGCCCCGGAGCAGGCGGGCGGGCGGCGUGUGCGUUCAGCUGCCGGGCUGUGCCCGAGAGAAAAGUGCCCAGGAGUUACUGGAUGCCUGGGAUUUGGGUACAGUUUGUCAUCUCUUUCCUCUUCUCCCUAACUGGCUCCACCAGGCAUCAUGAGGUUUCUUAGCGACUUUCUUACCCUUUUUGAUGCCUCCAAAGAAGAAAUGCAUCCACCAGGCUCACAAGACACAACUGCGAUUCCUUGAAACCCCAAUAGAGGGGCCUACACAUCACUAUGGAUCUCCAUUGCCUUUGGCUGAGAACCCAAGACGUGUUUCUACCAAACCUCUUGACCAAAAUGCUUCCAUCUCAUGGGUGUCCCCACAGUUUGAAAGCACUGUGUCAACAGGCUUCAAGAGAUGUCAGAAGAACCGGGAUGACAGUCGUGGUUUCCUCCAUGUGGGAGGAGUAUGUCGGAAACACACCGUCUGUAAAUUUCCACCUUUAACGUUUGAGGCUCCACAUGCACACCUCAACGCUGGAGCAACAGAGUGUUCACACUCUAGUGGUAAUCCAGAGAACUGUGGAAAGACAUACCAUAUCCAGAAACAGAAGGGCACUGCAGCAAAGCUCACUACCUUAAUUGACAAGCCUAUGAGCUAUAGAAAAAGGGCCUCUCAGUUUCCUUACCAGCAUGCCGAGCCAGAUGUCUUCAGUCCACCAGAUGUACAGACUCCAGACCUGUCUUCUGUGAGAAGCUAUGGCUGCAGUGGUGCUUUGCCAGAGAGGAACAACCUCUCUCCAAAUCCACACAGUGGCCUUGAUCUCUCUACUGAUACCACUGAGAACCUUGAACCAACAGCUGUACUAGUCAAGGAUACCCCAGAGCAUGAGUAUGGAGUGAAGGUAACGUGGAGAAAAAGGUCUCGCUUGAUGAGAUACCUAAGGGAGAGGGGAAUGUUGAGCCCAAGUGACAUCCUAGUGAAAAAUGUCAGUGCUGAUUCUAGCCAGUGCUGAUUCCUUUGACCAAGAACAGACAGCCUUUGAUGUGAGGGGCACAAUAACUGAAGUCUCUCUUUGCUGGCUUCAAAAUCACAGGCAUUGCUGCUAAGCCUAGAUGGAAGAUCAGGGAAGGGAUAAAGGGAGAAACCAGGACUUCUACUGGAGGCUGAGACUGCAUCAUGCUGCAGAGCGAUGCUUCCCCAGUCCCCGAGUGCUCUUUAGUCUAGCUAAAUCGUCUUCACUACACAGCGAUGGGCGGGGGUGCUGCUGAGAGGCUCCCAUUCUCCAAGAGGCUCUGCGCCCACCCACGUGUCCUUUCCAGCUGGCCAGCAGUAUAGUCCUUGCACCUCGUCCUGGAUUUACAGACCCUGCCCACCCCCGCCUGGGCAUGAGCAAGGAUGCAUCUUAGCACCCUGCUUCAGCCACAGUGAGUGAGCGGCCCACGCUGGCGUCUCUGUGUCCAGCCCAGCCUCCUCCCCGCGCAGCCAUUCUACAGCCCCGCCUCCUCGGAGCCUCCCUCUGCUGCCCACCUGGAGCCGGGUGGCUCAGCCUCCGGGUGACAGGCACGAGGCAAGAGCGGGGGCGGGCCCGCUAGCGCCUGGCAAUAAGCAUGCGCGGGUUCUGCCCUGCUCUCUUCCAAGCACUGUAGCCAAUGAAGGCUCCUAGUGUUGUGCCUUCGACAAUGGCACGAUGCCUCUGUGCUGGGUGCAGUUCCUAAGGGUAGCGGCGGCCAGCGGGGCUAAGUGCGAGUGGCCAGGAUCCCAUAGCAAUGGUGGGGUGAAGAUGGAAAGCGUAGGGGACCGGGCCGGGCUUCGCGGUGGCAAGAGCACAGGCGGGGUGGGUUGGGGGGCACCGGGGUUUCGUCCUGAAGCCUCCUCUGCUGGGGCUGGUGCAGUUUCGCAGGUCUGGUACCUGGGCUCUUGCUCCCCGCUGGUACCAAGUGAGGCGCCCCGGGCUCAGUCACCGUGGAUGCCGCUCGCACCUGGACACGC